AUGUUUGCCCGUUCUGCCAUCCGCGCCAACACGGCCGCCUCCAUCAUUAGCCGUCGAGGCUUCCACUCAACUCGCACCCAGCUGGGCUCCGGCUUCCACUACCCAGAGGGCCCUCGCUCCAACAUUCCAUUCAACCCAUUGACCAAGUUCUUCUUCCUCAGAUACUGGGGCUUCAUGAUUACCGGGUUCACUCUCCCAUUCGCCAUUGCCGUCUGGCAAACGAAGAAGUCCCGUUAA